AUGAAGAGCUUCACCCUGAGAUCUCAGUUCUACACCCCAACUCACAUUAAUCUCAUCGCCAAUAACCCUUCGUUUCUCGUCUCCUCCAAAACGAAAUCACCAUCUCUCUUAAUCAAAAAACCAAAGUCCUCAUCACAAAUCACUAAAUCCCCAUCAAGAAUUAAACUUUCUAAUAGAUCCCUGUUGAUUGAAUCAGAAACAGUCAAAACCACAGAAAAACCCAACGACUCAUCUUCAAUUGAGAAGUUAUCUGGAGAUGAAGAACAUCACCUCUUAGACUUAUCAGCAGAAACAGAGAGAUUCAUCCCGUUAGGCGACAAUUCGAGUUUUUCAGCCUCUUUUAUGAGUUAUUGA